CGCACCGCGCCGCGCCGUGCCCGGUAACCGCGGCAACGCGUCUGCUGCCAACAGAGCUGGCCUCGCCUCCCCAGCUACAGCUCGGUUUGGUGCAUGACAAGUUGCCCGUCAGCCGUAAGAGCCCUUGUGGCCAGGAGGGCCAGCGGUCCUAGGAUGCAUCGGGAGGAGUGUAGGAGGAGGUUGAGGGAGAUGGUGCUGUCCGUCUGCUCGGCCCUGCUGAGGCCGAAUCUGGAGUGCUGUGUCCAGUUCUGGGCUCCUCAGUAAAACAGAGACAAGGAGCUACUGGAGAGGGUCCAGCGGAGGACCACAAAUACGAUUUAGGGUCUGGAGCACCUCUCUUAUGACGAGAGACUACACAUGCUGGGCCUGUAUAGUUCGGAGAAAUUUGAGAAGGAAUCUUAGCAAAAUACAUACAAAUAUCUCAAAGGUGGCGGCCAGGAAGAUGGUGCCAGACUUUUUAGUGGUGCCCAGCACAGCAAGAGGACCAGUGGCCAUAAACAUGAGAAAUUUCAUUUCAGUAUAAGGAAGAACUUCAUUUAAAUUGAAGGUGGAAGAACACUGGAACAGGCUGCACUGGAGAUGCAGGGUUUCUCUCUCUGGAGAUACUCAAAACCCACAUGGACGUGUUUCUAUGUAACCUGCUCUAUGGAAUUGCUGGGUCUACAAAUGUGACUGGAGAUCAAGUAAAAAAGCUGGAUAUUCUUUCCAAUGACCUGGUGAUUAACAUGCUCAAGUCGUCCUUCAGUACUUGUGUUAUUGUGUCUGAAGAAAACAAAGAUGCUGUGAUUGUGGAAACUGAAAAACAGGGUAAAUAUAUAGUCUGCAUAGACCCUCUAGAUGGUUCGUCGAACAUCGACUGUCUUGUUUCCAUUGGGACCAUCUUUGCAAUUUAUAGAAAGGUGUCCCCUGAUGAACCUUCUGGGAAAGAUGCUUUACAGCCUGGACGUAAUCUUGUGGCAGCUGGUUAUGCGCUCUAUGGGAGUGCCACCAUGCUGGUACUGGCCACUUCUACUGGAGGUGUCAACUGUUUCAUGCUGGAUCCGGCAAUUGGAGAAUUUAUUUUGGUGGAAAGAGAUGUGAAAAUCAAAAAGAAGGGUAAUAUCUACAGUCUCAAUGAGGGCUAUGCUAAAUACUUUGAUCCUGCUGUCACAGAGUAUCUCAAAAAGAAGAAAUUCCCUGAGGAUGGCAGUUCACCAUAUGGUGGGAGGUACAUAGGAUCUAUGGUGGCAGAUGUGCAUCGCACACUGGUGUAUGGAGGAAUCUUCCUGUAUCCUGCUAACUCCAAAAGUCCCAAAGGAAAGCUGAGACUGCUCUACGAAUGCAAUCCUAUGGCUUUUGUUAUUGAGAAGGCUGGGGGAAUAGCAACAACUGGUCAUCAAGCAGUACUAGAUAUAGUGCCUGAGGAUAUCCACCAAAGAGUGCCUGUUGUCUUGGGGUCUCCUGAUGAUGUGAAGGAGUACCUCGAGAUAGUCAAGAAGCAUUCAGCUAAGUGAAAAGAGCUUGCUGGAUUCACUGUGCACAGGGGAUAAAAUGUCUUACAACUGAAGCAAAGAAUACGCUGCAGUACUGUGAGAUUGAGCUGUCUGACUUCUGUAGCAAAAAAGCAAAUGAGCCAUAUUUUCAUAAGAUUUUUUUAAAAGUCAAAUCAUGUGCAAUUGCAUUGUGCAAUGAAAGGCAUUAAAAGAUUGUAUUAAAGGAAGCAUUAAAAAUUAAAGCAAUGGAAAAAUAUGGGUUUUUUUUCAUUUAUCCUUUGUGGUUAUGAAGAGCCACUUUUGCUGCAAGGAAAUACUGUGUUGCGUUCAGUGUCUAGGGGGAGAGACUCACAUUUCUCAAACAAGUUACAGACUAUCAGCAGUACAGCUGAUUCUAUCCUCUUUUAAAAGCCUUGGGAAGAAGACUCAGCAGCCUCUUACAAUGGGUGAGCCUCUUACAAUUUCUUUCCUAGAUCAGUGUCUACACCAGUGUCUAAAAGUUGCUCACUGUACUUCGGUCUCGGUUUACUCUGAUGGAGAAUUAGUGUUGGUAAAACAUAGGCAUUAGUGUAAAUCAUAUGAUAUUAAUAUUGUGGUUUCCACUUUAUUAGAUACAGUUACACAAGAAUGAAAAAUGACAUGUUAGCAUGGAGGAGUUUUAAUGGGAU